GUGCUUUUCUACGAAGUUGGGAGGAAUAGUACUUUUUACUUAAAAAUUUAGCAAAACUGUGCGAUCAUGGAUAAACUUUUUGUUACUUGUUUGUUGAUUACUUUGCAGGUAUCAUGGGUCUCUUCAAAGAAUUGUAAAUGGAGAUUCUAUCAGCAUUAUGCACAGAAAAACUGCAAGCCAAUUUUGGAUCAAGAUAAUUGCCCGAUCCGAUUUGCGUGUGAUUCAAUGACAAGUGAACUGCGUAAAACAUGUGUCCACAACGGUGAAAUAUACCAUGAUGGUCAAAUCAUUAAAGGCCUCAAUAAAUGCGACAGCUGCACCUGCUAUGUUGACAGUCAUGGGGAUGCCGCGGUAGAAUGUGCAUCGACUGAUUGUCCUGAUUGGGAACCGCAAGACAAAGCGUGCUACAUGGGAUAUUUGCCGGAUGAGUGCUGUCCGGAAGAACUUUGCCCCCACAAAAAUGAAAAAUUACGCAAUGCUUGUGUAAGAAAUGGAAAGUCUUACGAUAUCGGUAGGUUUAUUCCGACAGAGGACCCUUGUCGAUCAUGCAUCUGCACAGGAGACUGGAACGGAAAGGAGAAUGGACCUGGGUGCAAAAAAGUUGACUGCUUAAUACUUAGUAUCUACGCAAAGGAUAUUCGCAAUGGUUGUCUGCUCAUCUACGGAGAGAACUCCUGCUGCCCAACAGGGACGGAAUGCGGAAAAAUAUAUGGAGCAACUCCUGUAGAUUCUCCAAAAGAAAAAGAUGAUCUGUGUUAUUACCAAGGAAAGCAUUACGCACGUGGAUCUGUAGUUUUCCUUAACUCUGACACCAGUCAAAGAAUCAGUUGCAAGUGUUUAGUUCCUCCUGAUUUUACUUGCAUUAGAAAGCAGCUUUAAAAUCUUUUUGUCUAUUAAGAAUGAAUAUGUACUUUUUAAAUAAAUAAUUUUAAUCAUAGUUUAGAAGAUGGUAAUCACUUUUCUUUUUGUUUUUUGACAUUAUAAUGUUAUUUCCUUGUGUUUAAUUUUGCUCAUACAACAAAGGAAAGCUUUAAAAACAUUUAAUAAAUAAAUGAAGGGCUUGGGGCAAGAAUGAUAUGCCACAUGAUGUGAAUUUUUUAGUCGGCCAAUUUUCAACUUUUUUCAAAGGU